AUGGGUUUCUCCCUGGGCACAUCUGUCGAAGAAGAUCCUGCGAACCCCAAGGUUGAGGAGGACGAGAGGGAAAAAAUAACUAUGCUUUUCCUCAAAACAACGUGCCAUAAUCUAUCAAUCGAGGAAGACUCUGAUCAAAAUCCAUGGAAAACUGUCAUUUGGCCCAUGACCCAACAGUACCCGGCACUAUACCACGCUCUGGCUGCCUUGACCUGCUUCCACACCAGCAAGGCACAGCCGCACCUGCGCUUUGACGGUGAGCGACAUUUACACACUAGCGCGCGUUUGCUCUCGCAAGGCAUCACCAAAAGCGAGAUACCCUUGGAUACAGCAUUGGCAGCAACCCUAGCGCUAGGCUUUGCUGAGACCUGGGACAGUAAAUCGGCCACAACUGGCAUGACACACAUUCGCAGCGCGGGGAUGUUGCUACAGCAAAUGCUGUCGAACCAGGCUACCAUGGCUUACACGCCAGAAGAAGAGGCUCGGCUGGAGUUCCUCUUCAACACAUGGACGUAUAUGGACGUAAUCGCAAGAAUCACAUGUCUUGACCUCUGCCCACCUGUCCCUGAGAGUUUUGUGGCAGCUACCGUCGGCCGCUUGAACUUCAGCACCUCGAAACUCGAUCCCCUCAUGGGCUACGCAACCUCAUUCUUCCCAAUCAUGAGACGUGUCGCGGACCUGAUUUGCAAGGUCCGAAUGAGAGACGCACCUCGGAACUCGCCGGUCAUCAUCUCCCAAGCACUCGAGCUGAAGCGCAACAUCGAGGACUGGUUGCCACCUAUCGACCUGGAGACGAUCGAAGACCACUCCCAGCUCAUGACUGAUGCCAUCCAGACCGCCGAGGCCUACCGAUGGUCAACCCUCAGCCUCCUGUACCAAGCCGUACCGGAGCUCCCAAACCUAACCUCGUACGGCGAACUCGCGCAGAAAAUCCUUGUCUACCUCGCCACCAUCCCGCUCUCCUCACCCACACUCAUCGUGCACAUCCUCCCACUAAUGAUCGCCGGCAACGACGCCGUGGACGCCGAAGAUCGCGCCUUCGUCCGCGACAGAUGGACCGCCAUGUCGCAUCGCCUGGUGACGGGCAUCGUGGAGCGCGCGCUCGAAAUCACAGAAGAAGUAUGGAAGCGGCGCGACGACUUCCUACUGGCGCGCAGCCGUCUCGUCGACCUGGAGUCCACGCAUUGCGCUGCGAACUACGGCCCGAGUUCCGGCGCCGGCAGCUCGCCCAGCUCGGCACGGCCGUCUAGUCGGCGGGUCAGUUCCUUCCCGAUGUCCGCUGCAUUUAAAAAGGGUGUUGACACCAUGACACGGUCUGGGUGUAUCGAGUAUACGGUCCGUGGCAGUCUGCACUGGCUGGGCGUUAUGAAGGAUUGGCAGUGGCAGGUGCUCCUGGGCUGA